GUACGUAGCUUGCGGUUCGCUUUCGGCGCGCGUGCAGUUUGGCGUGGCCCAGGCGGCGCGACAAGGUUCGGACGCACCGCAACAAACUCGAAACCUUCUCCCUCGCCCUGCCUGUCGCGGGGAUGAAAGCAAGUCAGUCUCUGGCACAGGCACACCCGCACACCACCCUCUCAACUCUCUGGACUCUCGCAGGACCGUGAUAUAAUCGCUCGCUCCCUCGCUCCCUCCAACUUCACCUUGGAAAUGGGCGGACACGACGAUGGUCACCGCCUAUGUCCCUUUUGCGGCAUCCCCUUCCUCCAGGUCGACCAGCCCCGUCCCGUUCAGGUUGCAAAGACCCUUCUCACUGCCGACGGGAACUGGUUCGCCUUCGCCGUUGCCCUCUACCGCAACUACCUCACCCCAGAAGGCCUGGUCGUCGAGCCCGUCAACCCGGCCUUUUUGAUGGUGCGCAACGAGUAUCGCUUCGACCCUUUUCAUUUUCAGAGCACAGGAGGCUGGGUGCCCCAGCGCUGGUCGGAGGACGCCGACCUGGCCCCGACCUGGGCCGAGGCGAACGACAAUCAGUCCGACGAAGACGAACCCCUGCCGAACCGCAUUCGCCCCGACAGCGGCGAAGAUGACGAGGGAUAUGUGGAACUAUUAGACUUUGACUCGUACCUGUGUUCGGACUCCGGAGACGGAAACAGGGGGGUGGCCGUCCAUCCCGGCUGUCUGCGCCUUGCCACUGCUUGGGCAGGCAUUGAUGAGGAUGCCUGGCCGCAGGAGUUCUUCACCCAUCCCACCGGCGGCCCCAUUCUGGCGUGCGCCUGUCACAGCCAAGAUUUCAGGCGUUUCCCCACUUUCGACUACACAGAUAGCGCCGAAGACCAUUCCGGGUGCGUGCUUUAUGACACCGACACACUGUACUUCAACGAGCGAGUCAAGAUUUACGGAGUCGAUAUGGAACUUCCUUUCGAGACUUCCCGGUGGGACGAUUGGUAUAACACGGAAGACGAGAUCGUCGGCAAUCCUGGGGCCGAAAUGCCACGGCUCGUCCUCAGCGAGGUCGACGAGUGGGUCAUGGUCCGCCCAGACAGGUUCCCAGAAUUACCUCACCUUGCCCCGCACACUCACGCUUCAAUAACACCCACCGCCCCAUCUCAAUCAUCGACCUACGCUGACAAGAAACGCACCGCCACCCUGGUCCGCAAAGUCAUGGAAGACCGCAAGGUUAUACCGGACUGGAGAACCUACUACAUCCGCUGCGCGACAAGCCGCAGCAUGCGCAACCGUUCUCGCAUUCACCGCAUCGUCAUGCACGCACGCAGAAUCUUUCGCGAUGAGGAAUGGCGCACCAAGGAGACAUUUUGCAACCUGGAGGGUCACUGGCUGAGUCUCGUUUCGAGGCAAGGUGAUCGGUCAGGGUAACGCUAAUUACGGGCAACGGCCCUGUUGUCGGGAGAGCGGCAUAUCUUAGCUUAGACGGACGGGUUCUGUGUACUCGGCUUCAAUUAGGAGGAGAGUUGGGACAUGCUUAGGGUAGUUAAUGGGACUUAAAGCAACGUUGAGAGUGGUCGAGUGAAAUCUAUUAGGACACCGCAUUUCGAACUGCAUAUUGUGUCGUCGAUAGAUAGACUGUACAUAGAAUAAGGGGCGAGAGAAGUCCAAGGAAGAAAACCAAAGACA